AUUUAUUUUUUAAAACAAUAAAUGUUAAAAUUUGAGUUUUUUUAGGUCUAAAACAACAAACAAGUGCCAGCUUCAAAUUCUGUUGAGUUUGAUGGAAGCCCAACGCGAUAUUGCUUGUGGCUUCCAGAAAGGAAGCAAGGAGGAGGUGUUACUGUUUUGGCAUGCGGCUGAAAAUGCUUUAAAUGCAUCUGGGCCACCAAGCAAAAACAUAUCGGAAUGGAAAAAGGUGUGGUGUGACCAGAAAAAAUAUGUUAGAGCUAAGGCUGCUACAAACCUUAAGGCCAGAAAUGGUACUGGCGGUGGGCCAAACAAAGAACAAAAACUUUCCGACUAUGAACAGGCUGUCUACGACUUAAUUGGGAUGAAAGAGUCAAUAGAAGGUGUAACAGCAAAAACCCGGUUUGAUACCCUCCCUCAGCAAAAAAACGUAAACAUGCGCUCAAUUUAAUGAAUGGUGGGAUUCCAAAACGCUUUCUUGUUGGUUUACUCUGUACAUUAUGAGGACAUCCAACAAGUAUUUAAAGGAAACCUUGUUUACUCUAUAAUGCUUUUGAAACCUAAGAAAAACAUGAUUUUUUAAAAAUUAUGAUAGACAAUAUUUGAAUGAAUGAAUACUUACAACCAUUGAGGCAACUCGAAGGGAUUCGCAUUAUCUCUUAAAGAUCUUCUAAUAGUCCUUGGUUUUACAUGUUCACUUUCUUCAUAUUCUUCACGUAAAAUCCUUGCCGCGAUUGAAAACAUUUUAAAUUUUUUUUAAUUUGAAUGAUGAAAAUUUUGUUCGCGAGUUAUUUUUCCUGUCAAACAAUACGA